GGGCACCUCGUUCAUGGGCAGGGCUGCCGCACCCCCAUCAGGACAAGUGCAUGGAAAUCCCUUGCUGCGGGUUCAUCCUUUCGUUUGCCGCGAGGAGGAGACUGGAUCUGCGGCGAACAGUAUUGCUCGGCAAGGUGCUCCAGCAGUGCUGAGCGUUUGGCUGCAGGGCUGGAUUUAUUGGGGAAGAAGUAAGCGCUCCGGGGAGAGAAGAGGCACCCUUCGCGUGCUGGAAGAUGGAGGCCAAACCUUUGUUCAGCAUGCAGAAGGCGCUCGUGCAGCCCUUCCAGAUGUGCAUGCUAGAUAUUCCCCUGAGUGUCCAAGACGACGAUAGCUCCACUCAGGAGAUUGGAGAAGAGGUAGAAGAUGGUGUAAUUUACAGCAUUUCGCUGCGGAAAGUCCAGCUCCAUCACACGGCCAACAAGGGACAGCGGUGGCUCGGGUUUGAAAACGAGUCAGCCUUAAACCUCUACGAGACGUGCAAGGUGCGGACCAUCAAAGCCGGGACCCUGGAGAAGCUGGUGGAGUACCUGGUCUCGGCGUUCAAGGGCAACGACUCCACAUAUGUCACCAUCUUCUUGUGCACGUACCGAGCCUUUGCCACGACCAAGCAGGUGUUGGACCUCCUCUUGAACAAAUACGGGAAGCUCCACCCGCAGGCCAAUGGCGAGCACCCCAGGCGUGCUGUGGACGAGAGGCAGGAGCUGAAAAACACCAUCUCUUCCAUCCUGGGAGCGUGGCUGGAUCAGUACUCGGAAGAUUUCCGCAAGCCGCCGGAGUUCGCCUGCCUAAAGCAACUCAUCAGCUACGUGCGCCUGAACAUUCCCAGGUCGGACCUGGAGCGGCGAGCACGGAUCCUCUUCACGCAGUUCCAGCACCGGGAGCGUGCCGGGCCGGAGACGGAAGGUGUGGAGCACGCCGGCUGCCCCCUGCGCCUGCACGAGGAGAACGGACUAGGGGAGGGCAAGCUGGACUUCCUUGCCUUUUCCCCAGAGAUGGCCGCCGAGCAGUUCACGCUGAUGGACGCUGAGCUCUUCAAGAAGGUGGUGCCUUAUCACUGCCUGGGGUGCAUCUGGUCCCAGCGGGACAAGAAAGGCAAAGAACACCUGGCGCCCACCAUCCGGGCCACCGUCUCCCAGUUCAACAGCGUCACCAACUGUGUCAUCGCCACCUGCCUCGGGGACCGGGCACUGAAGCCGCAGCAGAGAGCCAAGGUGGUGGAGCGCUGGAUCGAAGUAGCUCGGGAAUGCCGGAUAUUAAAGAAUUUCUCUUCCCUCCGAGCCAUUCUCUCAGCUCUGCAGUGCAAUGCCAUUCACAGGCUGAAGAAGACAUGGGAUGAAGUUUCACGGGAGAGCUUCCGUACUUUCCAUGAGCUGUCAGAAAUCUUCUCAGACGAGAAUAAUCAUUCAUUGAGUCGAGAGCUCCUUAUUAAGGAGGGGACCUCCAAGUUCGCCACGCUAGAGAUAAACCCAAAGAGAGCCCAGAAGAGGCAGCAGCAGCAGCGAGAGAUGGGUGUGAUGCAAGGAACCAUCCCGUACCUGGGCACCUUCCUCACGGACUUAGUGAUGCUGGACACAGCCAUGAAGGACUGCCUGGAGGGAGGCCUGAUCAACUUUGAGAAAAGGAGGAAGGAAUUCGAAGUCAUCGCCCAGAUCAAGCUGCUCCAGUCGGCCUGCAACAACUACAGCUUCACGCAGGAGGACCGCUUCGUCGCCUGGUUCCACAGCAUGGAGCGGCUCAGCGAGGCGGAGAGCUACAGCCUUUCGUGUGAGAUCGAACCCCUUUCAGAAUCAGCUAGUAACACUCUGAAGGCAAAGAAGAACACGGGCAUCAUUAAGCGCUGGAGCGACCGGCAGGCUCCCAGCACCGAGUCCUGCGCCAGUGGCAGCUCCCACUCAAAGUCCUUCGACCAGCUGAAGUGCGGGCCCUACCUGUGCAGUGGGGAUGCAGCCGACUCUGUCAGCGUCACCUCGGCAGGCUCCAGCAGCUCCGAUGUGGAGGAGAUCAACAUCAGCUUCAUCCCCGACUCCCCCGAGGGCCAAGAGAAGAAGGUACAGCACAGCGACAGCUCGCUGGGUCCCGCUCGCACCCAACGGGGCAGGCGGCAGUUCUGGGAGUCCAACUCGCUGUCCUCCUUGGAUACGUCGGGCAUUGGGUCGAGCUCCAGCAGCGCCUCCUCGUCCUCCGUCUCCUCCACGCCGGUGACGGCCUCCCGCACCCACAAGCGCUCCGUCUCCGGCAUCUCCAGUUACUCCUCUCUCUCGUUGCCCCUGUACAACCAGCAGGUGGAUGACUGUUGCAUCAUCCGGGUUAGUCUGGCGGUGGACAACGGCAACAUGUACAAGAGCAUCCUGGUGACGAGUCAGGACAAAACCCCGGUCGUGAUCCGGAAGGCCAUGGCCAAGCACAAUCUGGACGGUGACCGGCCGGAGGACUACGAGCUCAUUCAGAUCCUCUCGGAAGAGAGAGAGCUGAAAAUCCCCGACAAUGCCAACGUCUUCUAUGCCAUGAACUCUGCUGCCAACUACGACUUCGUCCUCAAGAAGCGGGGCUUCUCCAAGGCUGUCAAGAUCAAGCACGGCUCCAGCUCGACGCUGCCCCGGAUGAAGCAGAAGGGCCUCAAGAUCGCCAAAGGCAUCUUCUGACCGGGGCUUUGCCCUCGCCAGCUCAGCCGGAGAUGGGGGGCCUCCGUUGUGCUUCUGGCUGCUGCUCUGACUUAAGUAACACUCCAGGGGGAAGGAGCUCCAAAUCACAUACCAAGACUGUGGGCGGAAAUACCUUAGCAACACCAUUGCUUGGCUGUGCGUUUCUCGCAGCAACAGCCGGCCCUUGCCUUCAACCAGGUCUCUGUGUGUCUUUUUCUACAUGGAAGAUUUUUCACUUUCUAAACCCGGCCUGGCUGCCUGGAGCAAUCACCCACCUCUCUGCCUUAGGGUGUCUUCUCUACACUGUUGGAGUGGUGCUGCAAAGAGAGGGCGUCCACGCUUACCUCGGCCAGGGUGCAGCAGAGCAGCGGUCUGGAAGAGGGAGGAUGUGGAAUUUGGGAAGGGACGGGCUUUGCCUGCGCUGGAGUUGCUGCUCUGAGGAUUUUCCUGGCCAAGCAAACUCUCACUGCCUGAAAAGCACUUUGCCAUUAGGGGAAGCAAACUGGAAAGCUUGCUUUCUCAGCCCGCCAGUCUGCUCCUUGUUGCCGGCUGCGUUGCCUGCCACAGAAAUCUGCAGGAGACGCCACGGUCACUUGGUGUAGCUGGAUACCGCCAGUGAGUCAGAACUUUCCAAUUCCCCUUUUCUUUCCUUUUUUAAAGAGCCUGCACCAAAGAUCAAACAACAUUUCUUCAUAGACAAAGCCCCUCUGCUGACUAACUGGAGCAGGAGUAAAAGAAGCCAGUUUCUGUACAGAGCUUUUGUAAAUAGAGUCUUCGGUGUGAGUGACGGAAGAGCUUGAGCGGCGGUUGCUCUGAAGGGUCUCCACUUCCCCCACACCAACCUCUGAAUUUCCUUAACCUGUUGGGAAGUGCCACUCAUGUUUUAAUGGACUGGAAACUUUGACAGUGAAAUAGGGUCUGUGGACUUGUGAUCUGAUGUGAUCAGAUUUUUGUAAAAAAGGCAGAAUUGAAAUGGAAUUUACUAAUUUUUUCUCCCCACCCAGUAUUUAUUUCUUGUAAAUAGAUCAGUUGGAUUUGUACAUUUUACUAACACUGUUAGAGGUCCAUUAGUGCAGUCACUUUUGUUUUAAAUUGCAAGAGAACUUUGAGUGUGUGUGUGUGUGAGGGAGGGAGGGAGGGGAUGCCAAAAGCCCCUUGUUUAGAAUGAUUGGUUUCCAUUUUUUUCCCCUGAGUUUAAAAUGUGUGUAUCUGGAGGAGGAGGAUUAUUUUUUAAAACACUAAAUGGUCCAGGGUGGAGAAAGAUACACUAAGAAAAGGCAGUUUGUUGGUCCCCGAGAUGCAGUUGCCCUUUCGAUCUGCUUUGUGUUUGGCAGGGCUGGUGGAGGCAACAGUUCUUGUCCGAGCCUUAUCCUGUAAGGUACCGAGCUAAAUUCCUGACACUUCUGGCCUUCUGUCGAACAGGUUGUUGAUACUUUGGAAGCUCGUAACUGGAAAGUAACUGGUUUUGAAGCACCUUGAGGACAGAAGCCUGGGGAAAGUUUAAAAUGUGGGGAUGAAAGAGGUGCAGCGUCUGAGACUCUGCAGUGUUGCUUUGCGGUCUUUUUCUAGAGAACACAUUAUCCAGAUUAAUGUUCUCUUCCUCUCAGGGGCCCAUGGAAGGGGGACUCUCGCCUGCCUGGGGGCCUUGAUAGGCACACUUUGCUCUGGAUCCUGCUUAAACCAAGCACCCCUGCCGAAGCAGCUUGGCCGAACAGCGCAAGGGUCUCCCUCUGCCUAUGAUGGGAUCUCUGGUUUCCCUGAGGGCAGAGGUGGGAUGGAAUGUUUUCCCUCUCCCAUCAUUCACUUUUCAGUCACUUCCCUCAGUGCAGCCUUUCCGACUCCUUUUAGUCACUUGCAAACACUAACAAGGCAUAACGCCGCAGCUCCUCUCCUUGGUAGAACAGCUGCUUGGUCAUCUGGUUUUUUUUUCCUUUUGGUGCCCCAAGUGCUCAGAUGCUUUCCGUCUCCAGUUCCUGCCGUGCUUGCUUCCUGGCUGGGAGGAAGGGGGCCCUCAUGGCCUGUGUUGCCAACAGCGGCCUCCCGCGGGGCUUCUGCCUGUGGAUCAGCUGCACAGAAGGCUGCCCCGUCCGCGUGGCGAGUGCCCGACUCGCUUGUGCGCUUCUCAGCUGUGCCUUGGGGACCACGCAGGCUGUGCUUUACAUGUACCCCGGCAUCCUCAGCCUGGUGCCUUCCAGAUGUGUGGGAAUGCAGAUCCUGCCAUCCCCAGCCAAGCAUCAUCAGUGGCUGGGCAUGGUGGGCGUUGUAAUCCAGGGCACAGAAGGGGGCAGCAUGUUGGAGAAAGCGGCUUUAGUCGCCUCUGCUUAACCCUCCUUGCGGCGUUCACACUUGGGUGAGAAACUUUCAGUGACAGAUGAAAGGAGAAGAGUCCCCAUUCCCCCACACCCCUUGGGUGGCCUCAUGGUGGGUCUCCACAGACUCCUUGUGCGUGUGAGUGAGUGAUUCGCGAAGGUGACUGUAGGUUUUGUACCGAUUUUCAUGAAGUAGCACACUACUCCGUGUGAUGGGCAUACGGCUGUGUAAUUAGCCUUUUGAAUAAAAUCCAAUGUUUUGA